AUAACAAAGCGAAAACAGGUUUUUAGAAAUGUUUGCAAAUGUAUUUUAAAAAAUAAUCAUAAUUUAAAUAUAUUUACAUAAGUAUUCAGACCCUUUGCUAUGAGACUCGAAAUUGAGCUCCGGUACAUCCUAUUUACAUGUUUCUACAACUUGAUUGGAGUCCACCUGUGGUAAAUUCAAUUGAUUGGACAUGAUUUGGAAAGGCACACACCUGUCUCUAUAAUGUCCCACAGUUGACAGUGCAUGUCAGAGCAAAAAACAAGCCAUGAGGUCGAAGGAAUUGUCUGUAGAGCUCCGAGACAGGAUUGGGUUGAGGCACAGAUCUGGGGAAGGGUACCAAAAAAUGUCUGCAGCAUUUAAGGUUCCCAAGAACACAGUGGCCUCCAUCUUUCUUAAAUGGAAGAAGUUUGGAACCACCAAGACUCUUCCUAGAGCUGGCCGCCUGGCCAAACUGAAAAAUCAUGGGAGAAGGGCCUUGGUCAGGGAUGUGACCAGGAACCCGAUGGUCAGCCUGACAAAGCUCCAGAGUUCCUCUGUGGAGAUGGGAAAACCUUCCGGAAAGACAACCACCUCUGCAGCACGACACCAAUCAGGCCUUUAUGGUAGAGUGGACAGACAGAAGCCACUCCUCAGUAAAAGGCACAUGACUGCCCGCUUGGAGUUUGCCAAAAGUUACCCAAAGGACUCUCAGACCAUGAGAAACAAGAUUUUCUGUUCUGAUGAAACCUAGAUUGAACUCUUUGUUCUGAAUGCUAAGCGUCACGUCUGGCGGAAACCUGGCACCAUCCCUACGGUGAAACAUGGUGGUGGCAGCAUCAUGGUGUGGGGAUGUUUUUCAGCUGCAGGGACUGGGAGACUAGUCAGGAUCAUGGGAAAGAUGAAAGGAACAAAGUACAUCCUUGAUGAAAACCUGCUCCAGAGCACUCAGCACCUCAGACUGGGGCGAAGGUUCAUCUUCCAACAGAACCCUAAGCACACAGCCAAGACAACACAAGAGUGGUUUCGGGACAAGUCUGAAUGUCCUUGAGUGGCCCAGCCAGAGAUCCGGACUUGAACCCGAUCAAACAUCUCUGGAGAGACCUGAAAAUAGCUGUGCAGCGACACUCCCCAUCCACCUGACAGAGCAGGAGAUGAUCUGCAGAUAUCUGCCAAAGUUGCUUCAACAAUGGGUCUGAAUACUUAUGUAAAUGUGAUAUUUCAGUUUAUUUUAAAUGUUAUUUGGUCAAACAUUUCUACAACCUUUUUGCUUUGUCAUUAUGGUGUAUUGUGUGUAGAUUGAUGAGGGGGGGAAAACUAUAUAAUCCAUUUUAGAAUAAGGCUGUAACGUAACAAAAUGUGGAAAAACUCAAGGGGUCGGAAUACUUUCUGAAAGCACUGUAAUUCUGGAUAUUAAAAAAAGGUUUAAACUAUACCAAACUGUUUACAAAUCUAAUUGGCUUAUGUUUGAUCGUUUACAGUAAUAAGGUCAGGUAAUUUCCUGCAAGAGGAACUCAGCUGUCAGCUAUAAAUUAUCAGUUGUUUAGCUUGUGAACCCCUGCCCUCAUAAUAUUUUCAUACUUUAUAAAUACAUCCUAUUAUUUGUCAGAUGAAAUGCAUUCAGGAAUUUCCCCUGCCCAUGUGAAAGCCUGAUAGGAUGUAUUGGUGGAGGGAAAACCAGAGAACAUGAUCUGAUAUUACAUUUGAGUCAUUUAACUCGUAUCCAGAGCGACUGAGUGCAUUCAUCUUAAGAGAGCUAGGUGGGACAUAGUAAGUAAAGUAGCUAUCAGCAAAGUCAGUGCUAGUGGGGAAAGAAAGUGUGAGUGUUAGUUCACAAAAAUGCAAGGAUGUAAAAAGAAAACACAUAUCUUUUUAUAUUAAGCAAUAUUGUUGGAAGUUUGUUCUCGUCAAUGAUUAUGUUUUUUUUUCACGUUGUACUGGCAUAUACCAAUGAUGUACAAUAAAUAAGCCCUGGAUUGGUGAUGCUAUGUAUUGGCCAUUAAGAGGCUUUGAAACCACCGGUCGGCCAUAUUGGUACUGCCCAGUAGGAGCAGUGCUCCAUAGUAAUGAAUGGAAUUCUACAGUAUUUCAAGUAAAUGUUUCAAGGACAAAAUGACAUAUAUUCUUUUGUAGUGGGGACAGAAACAUUAGAACUUUCAAUUUCGCUCACAUAAUAUAGUUUUAAAGUUCAGUUGUCUGUGAAAACAAAUGUAGAUGUUAAUAAAUGGUUUGAUAGAGCUUCCAGAAUAUUUUUUUUUACAACGGUGGGGGAGUUCCAAGAUGGAGGUGCAGUGGCUUCAAAACAGCGCCCCCUGUUAUCCAUCUAGUGUAUAUAUAAAUGAUCUGGUACAUACUUACACUGAGUGCACAAAACAUUAGGAACACCUGCUCCUUCCAUGACAUAGACUGACCACGUGAAAACUAUGAUUCCUUAUUGAUGUCACUGGUUAAAUCCACUUCAAUCAGUGUAGAUAAAGGGAAAGUGACAGGUUAAAGAAGGGUUUUGUAUGUGUGCCAUCCAGAGGGUGAAUGGGCAAGACAAAAGAUUUAAGUGUCUUUGAACAGAGUAUGGUACACAGACUUCUUAAUUGGGGAGGACGGGCUCGUGGUAAUAACUGGAGCGGAAUAGGUGGAAUGGUAUUAAAUACAUCAAACACAUGGUUUCCAUGUGUAUGCUGUAUGUUGGAACCAUUAUGGCUCUAUGUUGGAACCAUUAUGGCUCUAUGUUAGAACCAUUUUGGCUCUAUGUUAGAACCAUUUUGGCUGUAUGUUGGAACUUCGUUCCAGUACGAGCCGUCCUCCUCUCAGCAGCCUCCACUGGCUCCACACCUGUUGUUUAUGUCUACUGGUAUGGUAAUAGGUGUCAGGGACACUGGUUUGAGUGUGUCAAGAACUGCAACGCUGCUGGGUUUUUCAUGCUCAACAGUUUCCCUUGUGUAUCAAGAUCCACAUCCAACCAAUUUGACACCACUGUGUGAAGCAUUGGAGUCAACAUGGGCCAGCAUCCCUGUGGAACGCUUUUGACACCUUGUAAAGUCCGUGGCCCGACAAAUUGAGGCUGUUCUGAGGGCAAAGGGGUUGCAACUCAAUAUUACGAACGCAUUCCUAAUGUUUUGCACACUCAGUGUACAGUCAGGGGUGUUGAGCUCACAAUUAAAACUAUUUAAUAUUUCUCAGGAGACCCAAAACAACACGUGCCACAACACAUUCACCCCAUAUGACGCCUCUGCAACAAUGGGGCGGCAGGUCAAAUACAUAACAAUCAUGUCCCUGAAUAUGGCUAUAUGAAGCCGAACAAUGUAGUCUGUUAUUAUGAAUUUAUCAAAUGUGACAUUAAUUGGAUUGUAUGACAUUGAGAGAGGCCCUCUGACAGCUACAGGGACACCUCAGAGGAAAUCAUUGGGAAAGAUUAUAAUGCUCUCAGCUCGCCUCUCCCUUGCAAUUAGUCUGAUGGUGUAAUCCACUUCUCUGUAAACGGAUGCCAUAUCUAAUCAACAUUCCAACGCUCGGCUAAUUAGUAGGCCAUCUCAUCUGGGGGAGGAUUCUACUGCUGCUACUGAUCUCUACCCUGCAUCCUAAUGGUUCCAACAUAGAGCCAAAAUGGUUCCAACAUAGAGCCAAAAUAGUUCCAACAUACAGCCAUAAUGGUUCCAACAUAGAGCCAUAAUGGUUCCAACAUAGAGCCAAAACGGUUCCAACAUAGAGCCAAAACGGUUCCAACAUAGAGCCAAAACGGUUCCAACAUAGAGCCAUAAUGGUUCCAACAUAGAGCCAAAACGGUUCCAACAUAGAGCCAAAACGGUUCCAACAUAGAGCCAAAAUGGUUCCAACAUAGAGCCAUAAUGGUUCUAACAUAGAGCCAUAAUUGUCACGUUCUGACCUUUAUUUCCUUUGUUUUGUCAUUAUUUAGUAUGGUCAGGGCGUGAGUUGGGGUGGGCAGUCUAUGUUUGUUUUUCUAUGAUUUGGGUAUUUCUAUGUUUCGGCCUAGUAUGGUUCUCAAUCAGAGGCAGGUGUCAUUAGUUGUCUCUGAUUGAGAAUCAUACUUAGGUAGCCUGGGUUUCACUGUGUGUUUGUGGGUGAUUGUUCCUGUCUCUGUGUUUGCACCAGAUAGAACUGUUUAGUUUUUUUUCACAUUUAUUGUUUUGUUAGUUAAUUCAUGUCUAGUUCCUUUAUUAAAGAACAUGAAUAACCACCACGCUGCAUUUUGGUCCGCUUCUCCUUCACCACAGGAAAACCCUUACAAUAAUGGUUCCAACAUAGAGCCAUAAUGGUUCCAACAUACAGCCAAAAUGGUUCCAACAUAGAGCCAUAAUGGUUCCAACAUACAGCCAAAAUGGUUCUAACAUAGAGCCAUAAUGGUUCCAACAUACAGCCAAAAUGGUUCUAACAUAGAGCCAUAAUGGUUCCAACAUAGAGCCAUAAUGGUUCCAACAUACAGCCAAAAUGGUUCCAACAUACAGCCAAAAUGGUUCCAACAUACAGCCAAAAUGGUUCCAACAUAGAGCCAUAAUGGUUCCAACAUAGAGCCAUAAUGGAAGAGUCAAAGGAAGCACAGAGUGAGAUUAAUUCCCCAGUUUAUUUUAUGAAACAAUUACGAUUUUAUUUGUCAGGGGUCUUUACUGUAAAAACACAAACUCGGAUUAAGUUAAUUCGACUCCAAAUGGGUGAAUGUCACUGGAUAAGAUAUUCAAAAUUAAAUCACUCAAAAGCGUGUUUAAGUGAAGAAAACUAAAAUGAACAUAUUUGAGAUAUUAUCAGUGUGGAUGUGGAAUUUUUGUAACCAGUAUCCCUUGCUGAUGUAACCCAUGUGAGAGCUGUGUGACGAAAGAGUUUGAUAGAUGAGGGGGAACUGAAGGGGAACUGUGUGGUAAUGUAGAUUUGAUUAAUUCUCCAUCAAAAUAUAUUAAAGGGCAAUUCAUUUUGUGGAAAUCCCUGAAAAUAGUCUUUCAUAAAUUGGACAUUUAGACAGAGGUUUUCCACCUGUGGUACAGUAAACCCCUGAAUGGCAAUCCGCUUUCCCAAUCCACUUUCACACUCUUUAUCUACUUCCUCUUUUUUCUCACAAUCUAUGAAUUCUUAGCCACAUGUAUAGUUACCAAAUGUACUAUAUACAGCUAUUAGCUACACAUCUAGGAACCCCCUCCACACAGAGUUCCCUAAUGCAGACUACACGACUCAAGUGUUGGUAGAUACUAGGUAGGCACAUGAUUCUCACUUCAACCCACCCAUUUCCAGUUCCCUUUAGUCUCAGUGUUCUACUUCCUGGGUUGCUAUCCUAACCUCAAUUCACACAAAUGUUCUGUAAAGUCUGGGUGUAAACCUGUCGUGUUAUAGGGCACAGCUAGGCAACUACAUACCUCAUCACCAUAUUGUUUUUAUUUACUUUUUUUGUUGCACUUUUGCACACCAGUAUUUCUACAUGUACAUCCUCAUCUGCACAUCUUUCUCUCCAGUGUUAAUUUGCUCAAUUGUAAUUACUUCGCUACUAUUGGCCUUUUUAUUGCCUUACCUCCUUACUCCAUUUGCACACACUGUAUAUAGACUUUUUAAAAUUGUGUUAUUGACUGUAUGUUUGUUUUACUCCAUGUGUAACUCUGUGUUGUUGUUUGUGUCUCACUGCUUUGCUUUAUCUUGACCAGGUCGCAGUUGUAAAUGAGAACUUGUUCUCAACUGGCCUAACUGGUUAAAUAAAGGUGUUCUCAACUGGCCUAGCUUGUUAAUGUAGCCCAUGGAUGUAGCCCACAGUAAGAACCAAGUCAUGCGUGGGAUAUCGGGAUGAUGUAUUCACGCUGCAGUACUGUAUAGCAGAGCAGAGGUCAAUAGAGGUUUUGUAUGUGCUGACAAAGCACAUUUCCCUCAGGAAAGAACUGACCUUCAUUCAUAUUUUCAUUAUAAGGAAGGACAGAUCAUGCAGAAAUGAAAAAGAAAAAGCACAUGCUUCCUGAAUCCUGCUCUAGUGAAAUGUAUUUAGGGGAUUUAAGUGUGCACACAUAUUUUAUACAGAACCGCGUGGAACCCUAACCACACAUCACAAUGCUCUCCUGUCCAUCUUAGACCAAAGUGGGAAUGAGUUCCCCCAUACCACUGCUGAUGUCACGGGACUUGUGACCAGGUCAUUAGCUGAUUUCUGGAUUGCAUCACCACUACAUUGGUAGUGACAUCAGUCACCAUUCCACAGAAGUCCCGAAAACAGGGCCUUCCAUUCAGCAGUCUAGUGCUUUACCUUAACCGACUACACAUUCUCAAACUCUGAUCAUCAUCAAAAAAUGAGACUGAUAGGUGAUCAGUUCCUCUUCCUUGUCAGGAUUCACUUCUGUUCCACUGAUCUAUAAAUACUGUCUGGGUCCACCUGACAAUACUACAGCCAGGAGAAACACUCUGCUCACAUCUCAUUAUCAAGAUGAACAUGUUACUACACCAUGUCCUGUGUCUCAUCCUUCACGUGGUAUCAAGCAGCCAGUAUGGGACAGAGACCAUCGAGACUCUCAUGCCAAAUGUGAAGGUGGUGAAGGUGGAUCUGAGGAUCUUCACUGAGACGCAGGUCCCUCUGCUCUGUGGGGACUCCUAUCAGGACACAGAGGUGAUCUGGCUGAAGGACAGUGUGCGUGAAGGACAAGGGAACCAGAUCCAGGUGAAAGUGGAGGAGAUGAUGGGAGCGAACUACAGCUGCCACAACGCUGCUGGAGACUACCUCAACCACACUCUGGUGCUGGUGCAGGACAUACCAUCGCCCAACAGAAUGAGACGCGUCCUGGAGAAGUCACAUGAUGCAGAUGAGGAUGAGUACAUAAGAUGUUUGGCAAACAAUUACAAUGGAACAUUUCAUUGCUUUUGGAAGAAGACCACCUAUCGGACGUCAGCUGUUGUUGCUCUGGUCCAAGUAGGACAGUUCUCUGGCAGAAACUUCUCCUGCUCCGUUCACAGUGAUGGUGCAGGUUUGACCUGUGAGGACCUGGACAGCUGUUCCUUUGCUGAGGAGGUGUCCCGUAUCGACCUGACCGUCUACUUCAGGAGCAACUACCUCCUAGAGGACUACACCGUUACACCAUUCUACAUACGAGAAAUAGUGGAGACAGACAAGAUCCACAUCACCAAGGUGGAGGGAAACACCUUUCAGUGGGGUUACCCUGCCACGUGGAGCCUCCCAUGCUCUUACUACCCCCUCACAUUCCAGGUCAAAGUGGUCCACGCCAGGGAAAGCUGUGACUCUGAAAAACAGGUCCUUCUAAAGGAAACCAAAGAAACGAAGUUUACCGUCGUUCACAGCUCCAAGAGGUAUCGUUUCUGCCUGCGGGCGAAGGAUGAACUGGUUGACCGUCCCUGGGGUCAGUGGACCGAUUACGAGGUAAAGCAUCAACAUAAGAAACAUUGACAGUAAAAAGGAAAACCCACCCAGAUGACAGACAACAUACCAUCACUCAGCUUCAACCAUCACAUCCAAAUGUCUCGUCACUGAACAGAUGUUUUGUUUUACAUUAUACCGAAGAGAAUAAAAUGCAAUGUAGUAUAUUUUAAUUGUUGUAAUUCAAAUGUAAGGAAAGUUAUUUAUUCAUUUGCAAUAGUUCUCAAAUGUAACCAUGAUUUGUGUUAUUUAUCUUGUAUGUUUCAUUACUGUAGCAUGAAGAUUUGUCUAAAUAAUUAAAUAGAUACAAAAAAUAAAAGCCCUGCACUCA